UGUGUGCUUGCGAGCGAUUGAUUUGUUUUGUUAUCAUGAACUGAAUAAUCUGUGUAAAUAAAAGAUAGAAAGUUUUAAUUUUUUUGUAUAUCCUAUAACUACAAAUCAAAAUGUCUGUGCACUGGAGUUCCGAGCUGAUGAAGUGGGAGUACCGGGAGCUGCAGGCUACCGCUAUGUCCGUCGAUUUCUCGGGUAACAACGUGUUGCUAGCCGGACGGCGAUGGCUAGCGAUUAAGCAGGUCAACUUAGAAGAAGAUGCUGGUGACAUUAUAAAGAAGUACCCGCGUCACAGCAAGUACGACGCAGCCGGAGCGGAGUGGUGUCAAACAUAUCACGGGCAGAAACUUUGUGCUAUUGCGAGUAAUCAGCGUGUUGACGUAUACGAAUGGCGGGCAGGCAACGAUCUGACUUGUAUUUGCUCUCUACGCGGGCACACGCGAGUUGUGAGCGACACGCACUUCCACAGACAAGACCACAACCUCAUAGCAACAUGUUCUAUAGAUACUUUCACUCAUAUGUGGGACCUCCGGGAUGCAAGAAAACCAGUAAUCUCACUGUGUGCAGUUGCUGGAGCUUCACAAGUGCAGUGGAACAAGGUGGCAUCUCACAUAGUUGCAACAGCACAUGACGGAGACAUCAAAAUAUGGGAUUAUCGAAAACACAGUGCACCGUUCCAGUACAUUUCAGCACACUUGUGCAAAAUCCACGGUGUAGACUGGAGUCCCCACCAUGAAUACCAAUUAGUGACAUCCAGUCACGAUGGGAGCAUUAAGUUCUUUGACAUAAACAAUGCUAGGAGGCCAGAGAAUGUUAUAAACACUAACUUCCCAGUGUGGAGAGCUAUAUAUACACCAUUUGGAAGUGGUUUGUUGACUAUAGGCGUGGGAUGGGGCGGGUUGCCCCGGGUGGAGCAAGCUGGGGUCAUUGGUAUAUGGGUGUCAGAUAUCUUAACACACCGGCUUGUGGGACACACGGACACAGUGCAGACAAUGGUGUGGAGGCCAAACACACCUCCCGAUAACUACCAGCUAGUGACAUGGGGCAGAGAUCAAUCUUUAAGGGUUUGGGCAAUGCAGCCCUCUUUACUGAAAAUGUGCCACCAUUAUUUACCCAAUGAUAGUGAAAUUGAAGAGGACAAUAGUAGUGACACAAUGUCACCAGUUGAGUCUAUGAAUGAUGGAUCUGACAGUACAGGACAAGAUAUACAAAUGACAAAGAUGCCAACCUCAAACCUAAUAUCAAUAGAUGAAGAGUUCGAAUCUAUAAGAGAAAUGGCGAAUAUUGAAGUCACUAACAUGAACACGGAUACAAGGAUAUGCCAGAUACACUCAGAACGCAAUGGAUAUACUGCCAACCUACAAGUGGUAUUCCCUAAAAAUGUCCCUGAACAAACUAUACCAAAGUUCUCUUGGCUCUCAGGUACAAAUAUCGAUAGCACAACUACUAUCAAAAUUCUACAAGCCUUAAAUAGAACAGCCCAUCGCAAGAAAAAGGAAGGCCAAAGGUGUCUGUUACAUUGUGUAAAGACAUUGGCGACAUCUAUUGAUGAGAUUCCAGUUAAAUCUAGUGACGAUUCUGACUCAAUGAAGUCUAGUCAAAGAAGCCAAUCAGAAAGCGAGAACGCCGGCGACGCAUGCAUUCCCUUCCCCCGCACUUCCGGGGCGAAGUGGUGCGGCGUCAGCACGUUAGUUGUGUUCAAUCGUCCGUCGAAUACUCGGAGACUAUCCUUGAAGCACGAGGCGGGGACCCCGAGGUCGAUGUCGUCGCUGUCGACUAUUCCGAGCCUUUUCGGGAGCGGUUACGGCUCGGUGUCGCCACACGCCACCACGACGCCGUCGCCGACGAACGCGCCUGGUUUCCCGCAGUUGCUGCACAGGCAUCCUUCUAAUUCUAUUACGACGUUCUACUUUCAAGAUCGUUGGAAAGCGCAAGGCCGGCGCGCGGGCAGCAUGCGCAGCCGCGGCAGCAUCUCCGGCUGCUCGCCCAGGGUCGUGCUCUACGCGGCUCCCGACCUGUUCCCGCUGAACCGGGUUCUCGCAGAGAAAUACGUCAUCAACGCUGAGGAUUCCGUCGAAAUGUGUGAGGCGAAUGCGCGGAUAGCAUCAGCGGAAGGCGAAAGCGAACUGGCGCACGCGUGGCGUCUAGCGGCGCUGGCGGCCCGGGCGCUCCGCGCGCGGCCCACCGACCACUGCGCCUCCAGCGAGGAGAGCAUGGGCUGGGCGCAGCACCCGCUCUGCUGCAGCCUGCUCCAGUCGCUGAUAUCCCACUACGCCAAGUCGUUGGACGUGCAAAUGGCGGCGAUGCUGGCGUGCGCCUUCUCAAUCUUCAACGACACCAACAAGUGGAGCUCGCAGUCCACUAUCAGCAAUUCUAGUUAUGGCAACGGAACAUCACCAUACAGCACAGUAAACCAAUACAGCGAAAUAGCCGACGGCUGGACGAACGUCCGCAGCAACUCGUGCUCCGAGGCCGAGAACUUCUACACGGACUCGAGCGUGUCCAAGUCGGAACGGAUGUCGGCCUGCGUGCUCGACGAGGCCGCGGUGCAUCAGUACCACUGCUUUAAAAGGGUGUACGCGGAUAUUUUGCAUCGGUGGCAGCUUUUAUAUAAGAGGACUGAGGUGAUGAAGCUGGUCGUCGCGCGGCAGCCGGCGGCGCGGGCGGGGCCGGAGCUGAGCCCGGUGUGCGCGGGGUGCGGGCGCGGGGCGCGCGGCGCGGCGUGCGCGGGGUGCCGGCGCCUGGCGCUGCGCUGCGCCGUGUGCGCGCGCGGCGUGCGCGGCCGCGCCGUCGCCUGCGCCUACUGCGGCCACGCCGGACACGCCCCGCACAUGCUGGCCUGGUUCGAGAAGCACGACACGUGCCCCACGGGCUGCGGCUGCAAGUGCCUCGUCGUCAGCAACGCGUUCUGGAAGGGCGUCAAAUAUGCCUAGAACUAUUACAAGUACCCACCUUUCUCAUUUCUUACUGGUUUCUUCAUUUCCACCGAUCAUCUAGUCUUUAAAGAAGGGACGAACGCAAGAAACAAAAUGCGAAUAAGAAGCUCGAUAAAUAGCAGCUUACCAAUAUUUGACACGCCACUUUAGGUACCUACUUCUUGGUAAUUGAACAUCAUAUAAAAUAAUUUAAUCUUCAUUUUAUAACUUAUAAGCAUAUAAAAAACUUCUAAGAGAACUGACAUUAAAGUUUGACAUAAAGUGAUCAGGUCAAAUAUGACCUGGAUUUGAAUACUAAUGUUUCAAGUGGAAACGCUUUCAUAUUCUGAUCGGUAUAGUUACUUAGCUGCAAUUUAGUAACAAUAAGUGAUAAAACAAUCUUGCCGGGGUUGAUUUGUAAUGUUUAUCAUCAGGAUAUAGUUGUAAAUAUGAAUAUUUAAGACGUCAGUUGUAUAAUAAACAAUUGCCUAUUUGAGGAGGUACAAUUUGUAAUAAAAACACUCAAGUUA